GCUGUUCCUGGCUAUUCUUUCGGCCUGCACAGUGUGGCAGUGGAUGGGAACAGGAGAAAUCUACCUGUUGUUUUUAACUCGUCCCGUCUCGCAGCUGGGACACGGUUUACUGCACACGGUACCGGAUCCGGUUUACUUGCACUGACGGUUCAAUCUGACGACUGCAGAGAGUCCUCAUGGCGGCUGUGAGCAGUAUGAGAAAAAUGUAUGGACUCUGUUUCCAUGCUGUUCGCCAGACGGCAGGAAGAAAAGCGUCGAGGCUGCUUCAACACAGAGCCUUCAGAGUCACUGCCGUGCACCAGCAGCAGCCCUUUGACUCAUCUCUGGAAAAGCCCCAGUUUCCUGGAGCCUCAGCAGAGUUUGUGGACCAUCUGGAGUUCAUUCAGCCCAAUGUCAUCUCUGGGAUCCCGAUUUACAGAGUGAUGGACAGGCAGGGCAAGAUCGUAAACCCUUCUGAAGACCCUCAGCUCUCCAAAGAGACAGUUUUGAACUUUUAUCAGAACAUGACUCUGCUGAACACAAUGGAUCGCAUUCUUUAUGAGUCUCAGAGACAGGGUCGGAUCUCCUUCUAUAUGACUAAUUAUGGUGAGGAGGGGACUCAUCUUGGAAGUGCUGCUGCUCUCGACCCUCAUGACCUGGUUUUUGGUCAAUACAGAGAAGCUGGAGUGCUGAUGUACCGUGGUUUCCCCCUGGAUCUGUUCAUGGCUCAGUGUUACGCCAACGCCGACGACCUCGGGAAGGGCCGCCAGAUGCCCGUCCACUACGGCUCCAGAGAUCUCAACUUUGUCACCAUCUCGUCUCCUCUGGCCACGCAGCUUCCCCAAGCUGCUGGAGCUGCAUAUGCGAUGAAGAGAGAAAACUUGAACCGUGCUGUGAUCUGUUAUUUCGGAGAGGGGGCGGCCAGCGAAGGGGACGCGCACGCUGGACUCAACUUCUCCGCCACCCUGGAGUGCCCACUGAUAUUCUUCUGUCGCAACAACGGCUACGCCAUCUCCACCCCCACCAGUGAGCAGUACAGGGGAGACGGCAUCGCCGCUCGUGGUCCCGGUUACGGCAUGCUGUCCAUACGUGUGGAUGGAAACGAUGUGUUUGCUGUGUACAAUGCUACAAAGGAGGCGAGACGCAGGGCUGUAGCUGAGAACCAGCCUUUCCUCAUUGAGGCCAUGACCUACAGAAUCGGCCACCACAGCACCAGCGAUGACAGCUCGGCUUACCGCUCGGUGGACGAGGUGAACUACUGGGACAAGCAGGACCACCCCAUCUCCAGGCUGAGACACUACAUGACAGCCCGCGGCUGGUGGAGCGAGGACGACGAGAGGAGCUGGAGGAAACAAUCCCGCAAGACGGUGAUGGAGGCAUUCGAGAGGGCCGAGAAGCGCCUGAAGCCCAACCCCGAGCUGCUGUUCACCGACGUGUACCAGGAGAUGACGCCCAACCUGGACAAGCAGAGGGAAUCCCUGUGGAGACACGUGCAGCAGUACAAAGAGCACUACCCACUCGACCUGUAUGACAAAUAUCAGCACUGACCGGGCGGAACCAGCUGUGAUGUGGUGAACAAAUAAAGGAGUGGGUGACAAUGAGACUGGGAAAUACACUGUUGCACACCUUGUACCGUAUUGACAAAAUGUAGUUUUGAUAUUUCUGACUGCACAGCAGAAGAAAUAUUAUGCUUUCAGAAAUUCUUCAUGCCUCUGGGUUUGGUGCCUUAAGUUAAUAGACUUACUGUCAGUGAAGCGCCUCAAUAAAAUCUAAAGUCGCUCCUUUGUCUCUUAUUAUUUCCAGCAACUCCAGUGUUUCUAGUUUGAAUGCAUUGUACGUACAAAAUAACCAGGCAAUUCGAGCAAUAAAUGGUGGAAGUUUUCUCCAGGCUGUGUUUGUUCUCCUCUUCUGUGAUUAUGGCAUUUAUCAGGUUUCCUGGUGUAUCAUUGAGGUGACUGAUUUAACUUGUGUUGGGACACUUUCCUAUUUUACUAUUUUUGUAGUGUACAAACCCAAAUUUUAGAUGGGUUGGUAUGCUGUUCUGCUGUUACACUCAGAACUCUUAACUCCCACAACUGUAUACUUGUCUAUAUUAGAGUUGGUGUUUUGUGAAAAAUAAACUGUGGAACUUUCA